AUGGAGAGGGACUAUAAAGGCAAUAAAAAUUAUUCUAACCAGUACAAUUAUGGAAACCAUUCCGGGUACAAUGACUAUUAUGGGCAGUUAGAGUUGAAAGCCGACUGGGAGAUUCCAAUUCGUGGACCUCUCACAUUCAUCAUCGCAAUCAUGACCAUCAUCACCAACGCGCUGCUUAUUUCGGUUUUCAUCUUCAGGAGCCACCGCUCCCCCACCACCAUUGUUCUCACUUCGUUGGCCAUUUCUGACACCAUAAUCUGCCUAACACGACUGCCGGAGUCAAUUUAUUUUAACAUGGCGGGAAACUACAAAAAUCUGUACAUGACCUACGAUUGGUGUGUUACAAACCAUGUACUCUAUGUCAUAUACAGCAUAUUUCGCAUGACCUCCAACUGGUUUACGGCCUUGUUGGGAUGGCAGCGUCUACUUGCCGUCUGCACGCCAUUUUAUUAUUCGAGGAUAUGCAACGCCAAGACAACAAUAAUAAAAGUAGCAGUCAUUGUGAUAAUUGCGGUGAUUGUGUAUCAAUAUGAAGCAUUCGGCAUUAAGAGAUCAAUGAUGGUGUAUUACAUUUUCUCUGGGUUUCUGACUCGCCUUCUUCCUGUUAUCAUACUCUUCAUAACCACUGUAGCACUUGCGCUGCUGCUACACCAGCGAAGCAUCAGAUUCAAAACCUCGGAUUCUUAUAAAAAGGAGCAACUCCGAAGGAUAAACAUGCUGGUUAUUGUCAUUCUCGUAGUUUUCCUUGUCGCAGAAAUCCAAGACGGCAUCACCUUUCUGAUUUACGCCCACGAGUUGGCGACGGAUCAAAUACGAGGCGUAUUGUCUGAGGAAGCCGACAUUCUGUGGCACACCAUAUCUUCGGCUUUCUCGUUACUUAGUUACGCCUGUAAUUUCUGGAUCUUCUUUCUGAUGAGCACACAGUUCCGGGCGUCUCUGUUAGACAUGCUGCAGUGCCGAAUCAAGAGGGUGAGAGGCAUGCUGAACCUGGAGAGUACUGACGGGAAGACGAACAGCUCGUUCACCAACGUAACCAUCAGGAACGACCGAAGCACGACCACCAUAUGAUGGACGAAGAUCCAGAAGAAACCGGAAAGGGAAUAGUUUAAAGAUACGGCUCAAAUUAACACAUCCCACCAAAAAAACAUGCAAAUUUAUCAUUAUUAGACAUUUGGUGUGAAGGUGCCGGAUGCCUAAUAAUGCUUUUCAAUUUUAACUUUUAUCAUCAUUGAACGUUUGGUUUUUAGGUGCCGGAUAACUUAUUACAAUUUUAAAAAUGUUAUUGUUCGUGUAUGUGUGAAUCAUCAUUGCUUUAAUGUUUGCGAAUGAUUGAACGGCUUUAAAAACGAAGAAGUCGAACCUUUUCCUAAUUGAGGAUAAAACUGGUAAAAGCAUUGUUAUGCAAGUAAUCUACUGACAUUAAACUUUUUCAUUAUGCAUUGUCUUCAUAGAAACGUUUUAUUCAUUUGUAGAUAGUUUUUAUAUCAUUCGGUCCUUAUACCAAAUUAUUGUGUAAUGUUAAUGUA